AAAAACGUCCAUCUCCGUUAUUUGUUACAAGCGCUUGCAUACAUUUCCAGAAUCGUUUGUUUCAGUACAUUGCGGAGAACUGCUUGAUUAGAAUGGAGAAUCACGCUAACAGAGGCAGGGCUACAGGAUCUAGAGGGAGGGGAAGACACCGAUCAGAAAACCCGCAUCAAAAUCCUAACUUCUGGCAGAAUCGCCAGUCGCCGGCGACCCAUGUGCAGAAUUCGGGCCGGGGUCGAUUGUUUCGUGAUCCGGCCACGCCCCACUCCGCGGCGCCUAGAGGGUAUGGUGGCGAUGGUGGGAGAGGGUCUGGUGGCCGGGGACGCGGUGGGAGAGGUGGGGCCCAGUAUGUAGCCCGCCGACCAAAUUCGGAGAGUGCUGCGACGACUGCCUCUGCCGCUACAAUGGACGCCUCAAGACAAGCAAGGCGACCAAAUAUUAAUUCCUUUCCGACGAGUUCCGCUUCCAGUGGCUCGUCUUCAACCUCUGUUACACAUUUCCCCGGUGCUCAAAACCAACAUCACCGGUCCCACCACCGCUGGCGUAUGUUGCCAGAAGUAUGCCGACUCCUUUAUGUGCUCGCCACCUUCAUCGGCAUCCUCUUCUUGGUCAUCAAUGGUCGCUUCAACGAGAUCGCCAGCUUCCUGGAGGUGGUUGCUGUUCUCAAGAAUCUCAUGCUUUCAGGUUGAGGCUUUGGGCAACUCACUUAAGCUUCUGAAUAAGCUUUGAUUUUGUGAAAGUAGUCCAUUGCUUAGAGAAUGUUGGUUUGUUGGUAGAUCCCAAUAGAUAUCAACAUUCUCUAAGUCAUGGGCUGCUUUGACAAAUGAUAGUCUAUUCAGUUAGUUUACUGAGUAAGAGUCUCUCUGGAGGUUUAAGCAGUUUAAGAUCAUUGUUUUUAAGUGUUUGUGUGUUGCUUGGACUAAUGAUUGCUAUGGUUUGUUUUUUGGAUAGCUAGUUUACUUUGAGUUGGAGUGUGUUUUAGGAAAGUUGUUUGAAGUAGGUUAUAUAUAGUUAUUGAAGAAUCUAGUCAGUCUAUCAGAUAUAACAUUGUACAAUCAAAGUCUAGCCAUGAAAGUUCUACAAGCAAAAAUCCAUGGGAUUGACUCUCUCAAAGAGAUUGACAUGAGUCAUCUCUUCCCAUGUAUACCUCAAUCUCUUGAUCUCUUCGACUGAGUCAAUCCCAUAGAUUUGGAAUGAAAUGAAUCUUUGUUUGUAGAACUUCCAUAGCUGGACUUUGAUUGUGCACUGUCUAAUUGAUGAACUGAUUAGAUUCUUCAGCAACUAUUAACCUACUAAAACAUGGUCCAACUCAAAGUAAGCUAGGUAUGCAAAAAUCAAAUCAUAGUAGCCGUAAGUCCAAUAUGAUGGAUUGUUUAGAUUCGUCAAUAAUAGGAAUGUUGGUCUUGUGAUAGUUAGUGUGUAUUUUUGCUUUGUUUCAUGUACUCUUAUGAGACUCAUUUCUACUAUGGUUUGUUAUUUGAGUACUGUUUGAAAGGUGUUGUUACUCUUCUAAUAAAUUUUACUUGUGUUGAA